CCCCUCCUCUUCCUCCGCCGUUUCGGGCUCCUAUGGCAACCGGCCUGCGCGUCUCACUUGCUUGGCGGCGGCAGAAGCACCACCGGCGGCCCGAGGCAUGAGAGAGCCGGUCGGGGAGCAAGCGGAGCCGAGGGCUGGGGACUCGGGGAGCCGGAUCUAUGCGGAGUACAAGGAAGGGGGGCAGCCCUGGAAGAAAUUUGUGUAUGUGGAACCACCUCGGAGAGUUAAGGAGGUGCUCGAAGAAGAGCUUUAUUUCCGGAGAGAUGAGUGCAGAAUCAAGCACCCUUCAGAAGUGGCCCUGGAAGGAAUUUGGAGCUUGAAAAGGAAUUUCCCCGUGGGAGGCUUCAAGCCAGCAUCACAGACUCCAAGCAACAUGCUCUCCCAGCCUAAGUACUACUCCAGGCAUGCAGUAAUAAGAAGACAGCCCAUCUGACAUGCAGCAUCCUCCCCGCCAAUGGAAGUCACAAGAACAAAUCAGAAUUACAGUUAUUUUGUCUAAAUGAAAAGCAUUGUGUUUUAGAACUUGUAUAAUAGCUUGUAAAAUAAACUGCGAAGCUUUGCAUCA